UGGAAGGGUUUAUAAACAACAGUUCAUGAGAAAGAUUUGCAGUACAUGCAGGCGCUGCUCCACAAUGAUCCUCUUGGCUUGUUUCGUAUUGUUGCUCUGUCUUUCUGCCUAUUCAGAGGGUACUGUCAUUUCCCAAGAGCCUGGUGGGAGCAUCAAUUUGACAUGUUCCUUUGAUGGAUGUCCAAGUAACAUCAGCAGAUACAAGUACCUCUACCUGUACUAUGAAUUUUAUGAGCAGGAAGAGGUGCUGUUCCUUGAUAACAAUUCUCCCAGUGGCAUGCCGCGACUAAAGUAUGAACACAGGAUCCAGACACACAGAUCUACCCUGACCUUCACCAUCAGCAACCUGACAGUGAACGACACCGGCAUCUACAGAUGUGUCCGCAAGAAAUCAGCGGACAUAGCUGUCAACUGUAGUGUCUAUGCGGUCUUCAUAACAGAAAAAACAUCAUGUUCCAGCAUACCUCCCACCAUCAUCAUCCCACCCCUGAUGUUGUAUGUAAUUUUCAUCUGCAUCAUCAGUGUGCUAACCAUGUGGAUCUUCUUCUUGCUGAUCAUCCCAAGGGUGAAACAGUGGUGUAUUAGAAGAAAAGCAAGAGAUGCCCAGACAGUCUCCCAUGAUAAUGUGUAUGAAAUCAUGAGGGAAAAACCCAGGAACCCUGAUCAGAUUAAUUCUGCUUAGAAAUGCAAUCAAUAUGUUUUGAUCGUGGUGGACUUCCCCUUCAAGAUUUAGUUUAAAACUUUCAUGAAGUAUUUAAGAUUGUCUACGUUGUUAAAUUGUCAAAGAGAUGCAGCAGCUGUAACCGCUAUGAUUCAGGUUUGCUUUAAACAUAAAUUCAGUGGAAAAACUUGCAGAAGUAAUGAAGAGUUUUGUCUGAAUCUGUGGUAUUCCAAGUCCUCUACAGGUUUCAUAAUGAGUGUUUCAUAUGUAAAUAGAAGGAAUUGUAUGAAAUAAUAAGUCACAAGCAUAACUAAAAUACUGUGUAAAAGAUGUGCAACGAUAACAAGAGUGUAAACGGCUCCAUAUCAUCUCAAAGG